AUGAAAAUUCGGGCCAUUUCAAUACUUUUAUUAGCUUUUUUAAAUCUCUCCCAUUCCUUACUCUCAGAAGAAGAAGUAACUUUGACGAUUAAAGUAGAUGCGGGAAAGAUUGAGUGUUUAUUUCUCCCUGUUAGGAAACCUUCUUAUCGAACGAUCGAACUGAAUUACAUUGUGGCCAAAGGUGGACAAACUGAUAUAGACUUGAACUUGAAGAAGCCAAAUGGCCAGUUCAUCGUUGACGACAAACGUUCAAGAACUAGUAGUCAUAGACUUGAUAUAACUCCAGAGGAAUUGGGUGAUUAUAUUCUCUGCAUGGAUAACUCCUUCAGCUUAGUAUCAGCAAAAACGAUUGCCAUCAGUUUUUACUUGUUAGAUGGAAGUGGUAACUACAUUUCUGACUUGGAAAAGAUAAACUCAAAUCCCGCUAUGGAAGUGCUGAUAGCAACACAAGUAUUCGAGACGACAACAACACAAAUUAAACUGAAUCUCAAUCGUAUCGAAAACGAGCUGAAUCAGAUUCGUUCUAUUACGUAUAAGGAUCGAUCAAGAGUUGAAGACACGUUUGAGAGUAUCAACUUCUGGGGAAUAAUUAAUACAAUAUACAUUCUCUUAAUAUGUGUAGUACAGGUAACGCUCGUUCGUAGUCUGCUUACGGAUAAUUCAUCGGUAGGAAAGCUGCUAAGAAAAGGUUUCAAAUCUGACUAA